AAGAUUUCAGCUUUCUCAAUUCGGCCGAACUGUACAAUUCAAUUACAGUCUGGUCAUCAGUCCUCGAGUGUCAGUCUACGUGAUUAAGUAAUCUCGAACGGUUCUGUGCAUCGUUUAUUCUUCUGAAUCUUCAAUAAUAAUUUAGAAAAAGAAUUCUAUAAGAAAAAAAUUACAAGUUAAUGAAUAUUUUUUAAUAUAAAGUUAUUAGAGAACUUAUAUAAAAAUAGAGAAACGAAAAAAAAUUUUUUUAAACAUUUUUCUAUGAAAUUAUUUUUGUAUUCAGUGAUGCAAAUUUUGUGUUGAAUCAAUUCGAAAAAUUAAUUAAUUACCGAAAAGGAAAAAACUUUUAGAAAAAAUACGAAAUAAAUAUAAAUUUUUUAUUUCAUAUUUGUGCAAGAAUAAAAAUAAGACCCAAAAUAUUAGACAUGUCAUGGCGAGAAAAAGGAAAAGCAUCGAAUCCAGUAAAUGGUCCAAAAAUUCAUGGAUAUCUACAAGCCUUGCCAAACAAUCGAAUAGUUAUUCAUUCAUAUCUCCUACUCAUUCUUUCACUUAUAAUUUGGAGAAUUCUAAUCCAAAGUAUAACCAUGAACAUUCUAUAGUUCAAAAAAUAUGUAAAGACGGUGGUUCGUCCAGUACAAGUAUGGCGAACGUGGUUCCAUGGCUGCUAUCAAUAUGCCUGUUUGGCCUCCAGGAAAUCGCGAUUCAACCUGGAAGCGAUGCGCUUUCACGCAAUCUUGAAACAAACGGUCAAAGAAGUGUGUCUUCGGGCUUUCGCUCGUCUUUAAGAAAUUACAAAACCUUGAUAUCGAGUCAUGAUGAGCUUCCUGGCCAUAUAAAUUGCGACUCAUUCAAGUUUGAGGAGGAUUUGAUGAAUAAAUUGCCUACCACUCCAGAAUACAACAAUCAUCUUUAUGGUUCAACACCAGAUUCGAGAGAUUAUUUUUCAAGACCUUUCGAGAAAAGAUUGCAUUCGAGGUUACCUGGAAGAAAUUUCAACUUACUCAAGACAGAUGCAAAUUCGGUAAAUGAACUAGAGUCUCAUGGAUUUAAUUAUGAUCCAGGUCGUGGACACAUUGAGGACGACUAUGUUGGUCCUGCUAUGGAAUUAGUUUAUGCAUGGUCCACUAUCGAUUACACUUAUGACAGCAUCGAAGCUCGAGAUUCGGCUAUCUUCGAUGGAGAUUUUAUAGCUGAAAACAAUUUACCUUUGGGACUCGAAGUUUGGAGAGAUAAAGUUUUCAUUACUCUUCCAAAAUGGAAAGAUGGUAUUCCAGUGACAUUGACUACCAUACCCAAACAUUCGAAGACAAAAAGUCCAAAAUUGAGACCUUAUCCGAACUGGGAAUGGCAUACAGUAGGAAACUGCGAUGGACUAACUUCCGUCUUCAGAAUUCAAGUGGACGAAUGCGAUCGUCUUUGGAUCUUAGACUCUGGUAAAGUGGAUAUAGCGAAAGGAGGCAAAUUGGCUUGUCCUCCAGCGAUCUUUAUCUUCGAUUUAACUACAGAUACUCUUAUCAGAAAGUACAUUAUACCAAAAGAUCAAGUAAAAGAAGACUCCUUGUAUACCAAUAUCGUUGUAGAUAUCAGAAACGAGGAUUGUGGUUCAGCAAUAGCUUAUAUCUCCGACGUGUUCCGUUAUGGAUUGUUAGUAUAUGAUUUCUUCAAAGACUCCUCUUUCAGAAUUCAACAUCAUUUCUUCUAUCCUGAUCCCUUGGCUUCUAAAUAUGAACUUCAUGGCAUAAAAUUCCAAUGGACAGACGGGAUUUUUGGAAUGGCACUAAGUCCAGUGGAUAUUCACGAUGAUAGGACACUAUUCUUUCAUCCUAUGUCUAGUUUUCGAGAGUUUGCUGUUUCCACGUCUAUUCUUGGGGACAAGAAGACAGCUGAAGAGAAUACUGAUUACUUCAUGCCUAUUGGCAGACCCAGAGCCAAAGAUUAUGGUCAUUCUUCAGGUUCCGUGAUUGAUAGAAAUGGAGUAAUGUUCUUUAAUAUGGUGACUAGAGAUUCUGUCUGGUGUUGGGAUACCAGAAAAGAGUACAUACCUCAGAAUCUUGGUGUCAUAGGUACUAGUAAUUUAUCCUUGGUCUUUCCAAAUGAUAUCAAGGUUGACCAUGAAUAUGAUCAAAAUGUAUGGGUGCUCUCUAAUAAGUUAGCUAUGUAUCUUUACGGAAGCAUCGAUAGCAGCAAGAUUAAUUAUAGAAUAUUCAAAGCUAAUAUCAAAGAAGCUGUCAAAGACACUGUUUGUGAUCCUAAUUAUGUUGUGCCUGGUUCUGAACAUGGUUAUGACGAAAUUUGUUGAAAAUUAUUUAAAAAACAUUGAUGACAGAUAUGGGAUUAUAUAGUGAAGAAAAAUAUAAAUAUUUAUAAAUAAAAGAUAAUGAAUAUUUAUAAAAAUUAAGGAAAGAGGAUAAAACAAUGUUAUCCAAUCAUUUUUGAAUUAUAAUUUCCUUUUGCAAUAUUCAAAUAAUUUGCGAUUUCCACUUCCAUAUAAGCUAACUAGACACUGCCUUUAACUAAUGAAAAAAUGACUUUGAUAUAUUUAAAAUACGGCAAAUUAUAAUAUUGUAAUUAUAAUAAAAUAAAUAUAAAAAUUAUCAAUAACAACAGCAAUUUUCCAGGAAUUACUUGACGAUAAUCAAAGGCAAAGAUUAAGAACUAGAAUGGAUAGCAAUUGAUUCUCUUACUUCGGGAAAGCGAAUAUGAAUAGAUGUUAUAAUUUUAAUUAUAAGAGAUUAAAAGAGAAAGCAACUACCUCGAAUUCGCUUUCUUCUGAAGUAAUAGAAAAGUUUCAUAUUUUUGAACUCUAAAAAUAAAUGAAUUAUAAACAUUUAC